AAAUUUAUUAUUUAAUGCCUUGUAAUUUAUUUUUUCAAAAUUAUAGUUAUUUUAUGUUUUUCCACAUUGGUAAGACUGAAUGGUAAUGGUGUAUAGUUGAUACUUUGAUACACGCUUAAAAAUUUAUGGAGUAAAAUAGGCGGCGACGCGGAAAAUGUAUAUACUACUAUGCUACAACUUACUUAAUUUAUAAUUUUAUAAAAAAUUUAGCGCGCAUGACGGAAAGUGUUUUUUAUGACAAGGACAAAAUAUACAACGUAUAAGGUAGAACGUGAAAAUUUAGUACGCCACGUGACUGCAUAGGUUAAGGUGAAGAUACUCUAACCGGUCGGCGGGAGAUGAACUUUGCUCUCAGUUUUUAUAUGUUCUUCACAUAAAACAUGGAAUUUGACUUAUUAUUCAAUUUUAUGUCAAUAUUUACCAUCACUUUAUUAAUAGUUGUCACAAUUAUCACCGUCUUCCAAAAACUUAAAUUAAGAUGGCCCAUAAAAGUAAACUGCUGGUUUUGCAACAAGGAUACAAAGAUUUGGCGACAGCAACUAGAUUGGUGGAUGUGUCCAUAUUGUGAACAAUAUAAUGGCUUUUCUAAGAAUGGUGAUUAUGCAUAUACUAUACCAGAACAAUACAAGACAUCUUCACAUGAAAUGAAAAGAUACUGUACAAUCAACCAGGGUACAACAACUAAUCAAGAUGCAAAUAAUGGUCUCUGCAAACAAUGUAACAUGAAUGAAAGUUUAAAAAUAUCAAAAUUAUCUGAUUAUGUACCAAAAAAUGAAAGAAAUUAUGAAUAUGAAAUGAAAAAGUUUAAAGAUAGCUUAGAACAACAAUACCCAUUGUGUGCAAAAUGUAAAAGUACAGUAAAUAACGUAUUAUAUAAGCAAGCAUUAUGGCUUGCACAAUAUAAAAUGUUGUUAUUUAAACAAAAACCAUUUUGUAUAAUUGCUAAUAAUUCAAAAUAUUCUGAACUAAUAUGUAGAAUAAUUUCAACUAUAUUAGGAUCUAUGGUAGUGUAUAACAUGGAAUUCAUAUUCUUCCCAAUUGGAGGGUUAUUUUUUCAAUUUUGUGCCUGUUGGAUACCUACUACAAAAAAACAAAGUUCUGAUAUAUUAGUUAUGUUUUUAUGGAUUUGUAUGAUUAUACUUUUACCCUUUAAAGACAUAAAAUUAAUUACAACAGAUUUUCAGAAUUCGUGGUUUGUUCUGGAAUAUAUAACUCAGUAUCAUAUGAUGAUAUUAUUUAUCUCGAUCAUAGGCUUUAUAAAUGUCAUGCCUAAGUCAUAUAAAAGUACAGUAAAUAAAAAUAUGUCAUUUAAAAAAAUUGAAUCUUCUCCAAAAAAUACAGUAUUAUUUGACUCGUGUACAGCAACUUCAAAUAAUAAGCACAAUCUUAAUGUCAAUGUUAAAACUGCUAAUAAUAUAAACAAAACUGCCAGUAAUUGGUUAGCACCAAAUACAAUGAAAGAUUAUAUGUCUCCUUAUGUGGAAAAUUCAAUAAAUUAUAAAUCUACAAUUUCCCAAAGUUUAUUCACAAAUGCGACAUCACAGUGUUCACCAAUGUCUAUUAACAAUAAUAAUACAGUAUUCAAUUCUCCACCUGUAUAUAAGAAGAGUACGAUAGAGAGUAAUUACUCAUUGAAUGACAGUUUGAGGACAUUAAGCAUAUUAUCAUUGGGCGAAGAUAAACCAAAAUAUUCAACUAAAAUGCCUAAGAUUUUUGAAACGAAAGUGUAUAGCACAAAAAGUUCCGAGCUUUUUAAAAAGGCUGGUAAAAAAAAUAUUCUAUCACCACCAAAACUAAAAUCAGUUAUGCAAACAUCCUGGAUAGCUGGUGGUUAUUGGCAGGAAGGUAUAGAUGCACCAUCCUUGUCCAGAUCAUCCAGUCAAAGUUCUGGUUUUGGUUCUGUGGGUUCUAAUUUUGGCCCAUCUAGAGAACCAUCCAUACAUGAGUUUGAUCAAUGUUCAGUUAUGUCAGAUGUGACGCAAUCCUGUUAUACACCAAGGCAAACUAAUAGUCCUGUUGGGUCUUUUUCUCAAUAUAGUCUUCAAUUUCCAUUGUCGGAAUCAAGAAAUCAAUCAAUUAAUAACCAAACAAUGAAACUUGCAUCAACCAAUCUUUCUACACCACAAACAUUAUUAUCUCAAAAUAACAAAAGAAAUAAUUCAACUUUUAUAGAUCAAUGUUCACAAAGACAAAACAUGGAUAUGAAUGAUAUUAAAAGUCCCUCUGAAAUGCAGCCGUUUCCUAGUCACGCCACUAUUGUAACAAAUCCCGUUUGGUUACCAGUUCUUUUAUGUGGUUCACUUGUAUUAAAUAUAAUAGUAUUAUGUACUACUUUGUUACGUUAGAUAGGGUAUAUCAUACAUUUUUUACGAUCUUCCUAAAUUUAUAUUUGCCACAUACAUUUAUACGUAUUUUAGUUACAAAAUAAGUUCAUCACUAUUUUUCAAGCAGUUGAUUACUAUUUUAAAAAAUAGUAUUUUAAAUAUUUCUAUUUUAAUGGAUAGUAAUCAAUAAUAUUCUACCUAUUUAUAAAUAAGCGAUGUACUGCCAGUAUAAAGUUUUCUAUUGUUAUCACUCACUUUUUUAUUUCACAUAAAUAAUUGUAAAUAAAUAUUAUUUUUUUUAUACGCCGUUUAUAAAGUAUCAAAUUUGAACAAUAAUGUUAAGUUGAACGCAUAAUAGUGGAAAAUAGAAUACUGGUUUGACGGAAAAUUAAUUAUUGCCGUUCUAAACUGUCAACCUUGUGAUAAAAAAAUGUUCUCCGUGUGUGUUCACUAGUAAGAUAUAUAUGUCACUCAAUAAAUUUAAGAAUUAAUGAAAUAAUGUGAAAUUGCGUUCACUUUGUAUUGAUAAUAUUUGAUUUUUUUUUAACUUUAUUAUUAUAUU